UCUGUCAUCACAACCAUCAAUGGAUAUAGAACUUGCUGCCCUGUUGAUGUCUUUGUGGAGACCAAUAAGAUGUGGAUUGCUGUCAUAGGAGAUCUGACUUACACCACUCUUGAGAUUGAAGCGGACAUCGUUGCUUUCAACAUUUCAACCCUGUUUAAUUGCCCGAGGAGCAAUAUGAACGUGUUAUCAGAUGUUCUGUGUGAUGGAGUGUACCAUUGCGAUCAUUACGAAGAUGAAUUGGCAUGCAAUUACACUGCGACAUAUCUGCAAUCAGGUGCAUCUUAUUCAGUCGACAUACCACGCAACUACACAAGACGAUUUUACCACGCAACCGUGCUACAAACAAACGAUACGAAUGGAUUUCGAAUCGUGUUCCAAUAUUUAUAUCUCUAUUCUAGUCAUCGAAUCCAAAUAGGGGCAGGUACUGAUCCGUCUGAUCAACAAUCUGUCAUCACAACCAUCAAUGGAUAUAGAACUUGCUGCCCUGUUGAUGUCUACGUAGAGACCAAUAGGAUGUGGAUUGCUGUCAUAGGAGGUCUGACUUACACCAAUCUUGAGAUUGAAGCGGACAUCGUUGCUUUCAACAUUUCAACCCUGUUUAAUUGCCCGAGGAGCAAUAUGAACGUGUUAUCAGAUGUUCUGUGUGAUGGAGUGUACCAUUGCGAUAAUUACGAAGAUGAAUUGGCAUGCAAUUAUCCAGCGAUGUAUCUGCAAUCAGGUGAAUCUUAUUCAAUCGACAUACCACGCAACUACACAAGACGAUUCUACCAUGCAAUCGUGCUACAAACAAACGAUACGAAUGGAUUUCGAAUCGUGUUCCAAUAUUUAUAUCUCUAUUCUGGUCAUCGAAUCCAAAUAGGGACAGGUACUGAUCCAUCUGAUCCACAGUCUGUCAUCACAAGUCUCUAUGGUACUAGAAGCUCUUCUGAUGAUGUCUAUGUGAUGACCAAUAAGAUGUGGAUCGCUGUCAUAGGAGGACCGACUUACACCAAUCUUGAGAUUGAAGCGGACAUCGUUUCUUUCAACCUUUCAACCCUGUUUAAUUGCCCGAGGAGCAAUAUGAACGUGUCAACAGAUGUUCUAUGUGAUGGAGUGUACCAUUGCGAUCAUUAUGAAGAUGAAUUGGCAUGCAAUUUUCCAGCGAUGUAUCUACAAUCAGGUGAAUCUUAUUCAAUCGAUAUACCACGCAACUACACAAGACGAUUUUACCAUGCAAUCGUGCUACAAACAAACGAUACGAAUGGAUUUCGAAUCGUGUUCCAAUAUUUAUAUAUCCAUUCUAGUCAUCGAAUCCAAAUAGGGACAGGUACUGAUCCAUCUGAUCCACAGUCUGUCAUCACAAGUCUGUAUGGUACAAGAAGCUCUUCUGAUGAUGUCUAUGUGAUUACCAAUAAGAUGUGGAUCGCUGUCAUAGGAGGACCGACUUACACCAAUCUUGAGAUUGAAGCGGAUAUCGUUUCUUUCAACCUUUCAACCCUGUUUAAUUGCCCGAGGAGCAAUAUGAACGUGUCAACAGAUGUUCUAUGUGAUGGAGUGUACCAUUGCGAUCAUUAUGAAGAUGAAUUGGCAUGCAAUUACACUGCGACGUAUCUGCAAUCAGGUGAAUCUUAUUCAAUCGACAUACCACGCAACUACACAAUACGAUUUUACCACGCAACCGUGCUACAAACAAAUGAUAAGAAUGGAUUUCGAAUCGUGUUCCUAGAUUUCUAUAUCAGAUCUACCAAUCAAGUCCAAAUUGGGACAGGUACUGAUCCGUCUGAUCCACAGUCUGGGAUCACAAGUCUCUUUGGAUCUAGAAGCUCUUCUGAUGAUGUAUAUGUGGAGACCAAUAAGAUGUGGAUUGCUGUCAAGGGGGGACUGGCUGACACCAAUCUCUUCAUAGAUGUUGACAUCUUUGCUAUUGAUCUCUCAACUCUGUUUAAUUGCCCAGUGAGCAAUAAGAACGUGAUAUCAGUUCUGUGUGAUGGAGUGUACCAUUGCGAUCAUUAUGAAGACGAAUCGGAAUGCACCUUUAUAAAGUCAAAAAGAAAUGAGGCAUGCGCUACCACGUGUACCAGAAACAUUGUAUGA